ACCAGUCGAAGCAGAAACCUAACCAUGCAUCGUGGAGAAUUAUUCUUGGUAUUCUGUGUUCUCACUGUUACAAGUGCCUCAAAAACUUGCAUUAACCGCCCCCAAAUUCAUGCAAUGGAGGGAGAACCUUUUUAUUUCAAGUUCUGUGGAACAUCUUCAUCCAUGGACAAGAACAAAACAGCCACUAUAAAAUGGUUCAAAGGCGAUGCUUUCCGUGAACAUGUGGAGUUGAACACUGAAAGUUCAUCCAGAAUUACUUUCAAUGGUUAUGAUUUGGAAUUCUGGCCAGUUGAGCUGCAGGACAAGGGAACAUACUUUUCCCAAGUGGGAAAGGAGUAUCAAAAUUGGACCCUAACUGUCAUCCAAAGAAACGAACACAGCUGUUUUUCUGAAAAACUUGUGACAAAUAGAAAUGUGGAAGUCAAGAAAGCUUUGCACAUAUCAUGUGAAAAUCUUAACUACAGUGAGCUGAUCAACCACACAUCACUAUAUAAGAACUGCAAGGAAAUCAUCAAUCCCCCAAUGAUCCAGAAGGAUGCUGAAUUUGGAGAUGCGGGUUAUUACUCUUGUGUGUUUUCUGUCCUCCAUAAUGGGAAACAGUACAACAUCACCAAGACCACCAAUAUAACAGUUAUUGAAAGGAACAGUAAAAUAACUCCGGCUAUUUUGGGACGAAAGUUUGAGACUGUGGAAGUAGAACUAGGAAAAGAUGUGGAACUUAACUGCACUGCUUUACUGAAUAAAAAUGAUAUGUUUUAUUGGAACAUCCUGAACAACAAUUCAGAUCCUAAUGUGCAUGAAGAUGUGAACAAGACAACUUGGAUUUUUGAAGGCAAACUGCAUGCUUUUAAAAUAUUGAGAAUUGGGAAUAUUACUGAAAAGAAUCUCAGUGUUUUAUAUAAUUGCACAGUGGCCAAUGAAGAAGCCACGGACACCAAAAGCUUCAGUUUGGUGAGGAAAGAAAUGGUUGAUAUCCCAGGCCAUGUCUUUAGGAGAGGAAUAGUCAUGGCAGUUUUGAUCUCUGUGGCAGUCGUGUGUGGGGUGACUUUGUGUGUCAUUUAUAAAGUCGACUUGGUUCUAUUCUAUAGACGCUUGGUGGAAAGAGAUGAGACAUUAACAGGUAACAUACUGUGAAA